AUGUCACAAGAUCUAGAUAAUUUUAUGGCUAUUACAGAUUGCCAGGAUUCACAGUUGGCACAAAGUUUUAUCGAAAUGGGGAAUGGCGAUUUAAAUACCGCCAUAUCUCUAUAUUUUGAACAUGGUACAUCUCAUAACACUAAUCCAAUAACAACAACGGCACUAGAUACCAGCAAUGAUGCCGCUAUGGCUGAAUCUUUUCAAAAUGAGGAGAACGUUAGAGAACCAAUGCAAUUUCGCCAAGAAGUGUUAACUGAGUCAAGUCCCAGCACAGGAUUAAUCUAUGGUGGUAUUGGUGGGUCUUUCCAACCGCUAACCAAUGUGCGGGAUAUGUUUGAUACGUCUCGUCCCGUUGGUGUGUUCAAUCAAAGAUUAGAAAAUCAUGAUUAUUAUAAUAGCGCUGAUGAUAAUGAUAAUAUUACAAACCAAUCUGACUCUGAUUCUAAUUCAAAUAGUGAUAGUGACUUGAAUAGUUCUAAUGAUAGCGAUGAAUAUGAAUAUGUGGAAGAACCUGUAAUGGAAAUAGACGAGGAUGGGAACAUUCAAGAAUCCCUGCGUUUGGUCAAAAAAUUGAAGACUUACUCCAAAGAAGAACGAUUAGCACGUUUAUUUAGACCACCCUUUGAAAUCAUGGCUAAACUGACCUUAGAUGGUGCAAGAGCUAAAGGUAGACGUCCAGGAAAGAUGAAAUGGAUUAUGAUCAAUAUUCAGGAUAAUGGCAUCUUUCAAUGUCAAGCAUUGAAUAGAGAUGUCUGGUCUUCAAAACGGAUCAGAAAGAUCAUUAAAAAAAAAUUCAUUUUCUUACAAUAUCAGUUCGAGUCGAGGAUGGCCCAACAAUAUCUAAAUUAUUAUAAUUUACGUGAUAAGGACCUACUGCCCCAUAUCGCUAUUUUGGAUCCCAUGACUGGUGAAAGAUUGAAACAAUGGAAUACUUAUCUUCCAACAGAAGACCAGUUUCUAAAUGAAAUAAAUAAGUUCUUGAAUGAAUAUUCCUUAGACCCAACAGCAUCCAAUCCAAUAAUGAAAGAACCUACACCAGAAUUAGAUCCAACUACAUUAACUGAAGAACAACAAAUGGAUAUGGCCAUUAGACAAUCCUUGAAUAUUGAUAACAAUUCUAAUAGAAAAUUGUCAAUAAAAGAUAUAGAUACUGACGAAAAUAGACAUAAAGAUGCAGAUGAAGAUUCUACAAUAGGUAUAGCACACAAUGCUGAUCUGUUUGAUUCUAUAAAAGCAACAGAACACAAGGAACCAGAAAACCAACCUGGUAUAACAACAAGAUUACAAAUACGUACUGGUGAUGGUAAAAGAUUUAUUAGAAGAUUCAACAUUAAAACAGAUACUGUUAGAACUAUAUACGAGGUGAUUAAAUCUGAGAUGCCAGGCUAUGAAUCCUGUCAUUUCAUCUUAAGUGAUCAUCAAAGAAACAAUUUAAUAGAAAAGUUGGAUCAAUCCAUUGAAGAUGCUGGAUUAAAAAAUAGUUCCUUAUUAUUAGAAACCGCUACUAAUGAUGACGAGUGA